UCCAGAAAGAAAGGGCCGCCAGAGAAGCCGAAGAGGCUGCCAGACAAAGAGAAGAGGCCGCCAGAGAAGCCGAAACCCAGUUGGAAAUGGCAAAAAUAUCGACAGAGUUGCAAGUGCUGCAGCUAGAAAGAGAAGAAGAAGCUGCCAUGGCGGAAGCAAAGUACAUAGAACAAGCUGAAGGGUCGCGUGAUCUGACCGAAGUAAGAUCUACUUUAGAAAGGACCAGACUGGAACGCACAAGCGACUAUGUACAAUAUCAAAUAGACAGGCAGGCUCGUCUCCCCUCUCCAUACAUAUUCGAUAACUUCCCCAGCUACGAGGAACCUCAGAGAGUCACGAUUGCAUCACAUCCAUACGAGGAAGGAAAUUUAUCCUCACGGCUCCGUGAUGAAGUCAAGAAUGAAAGAACCGACAACGCUCCUUCACCCCCACAACAGGACGGCGGGGAGGGAGAGGUUCACUCCGGGACAACAAUUGUCAGCUCGAACUGUACAGAAGUUUGCGGUCAAACUCAGUCAAGCCGUUCUUGUUCCGAGAUCUGCCUCACUAAGGUGUACCCUAAAGGAGCCAAAGACAAGGCCAUCAAAGCCUAUGUGAUUCUGGACGAUCAGAGCAAUCGUUCACUAGUCAGUCCAGAGUUCUUUAAAUUGUUCAACAUUGAGAGUGAGCGGUUCCCAUACUACCUCAAAACUUGCUCAGGCAACAUGAAAACCCAAGGAAGGAAGGCAGAAGGCAUCCAGAUCGAGUCCCUGGAUGGUAAAGUCGUCAUCUGUCUCCCUCCGCUCUUAGAGUGCAAUGAAAUCAUGAAUAACCGCGCUGGGAUCCCGACACCAAGUGCGGUGCUACACCAGCCGCAUCUCCACCACAUCGCCAAACACAUCCCAGAACUGGAUCCGAAAGCGGAAAUACUCCUGCUAUUAGGAAGAGAUGUUAUCCAGGUACACAAGGUUAGGCAGCAGAUCAAUGGACCACUCAACGCCCCCUUCGCGCAACGUCUGGAUCUGGGCUGGGUGGUGAUAGGAGAAGUGUGUCUCGGUGACGUACACAAACCGAUGGUUAACACACUCAAGACCAAUGUGCUAGAGAGUGGCCGCCAUUCAAUCUUUCGACCCUGCCCGAGUGUCCCGUGCAUCAAGGAAGCACAACAAGGCGUUAACAAGCGCGAGGCAAGCGACGAGUCGCUGGGCCAGUCAGUCUUCGCUCUAACGAAGUAUGACAACAAACUUGCACAAUCAGCUCAAGAUACCAUUUCUUUAAAAACCAAAGACACCAAGGUCUUCAGAGAUGAAGCAAAUAAUGGGGUUGCCCCAUUGCCAAUCAGAGAACCAUGCCAGCGCUCACCAGAUAACAAAGAGCAGGCAGUCAAACGGUUCACGUCCUUACGGAAAACCCGGAAAAGGGAACCUGAGAUACAGCAACGCACCCGAUUGGCCCACGAGGUACUGUGCACCCUAAUGGCAGAGGUCACAGCCAUUAUAAACGCACAAUCAUUCCUACCUGUGUCUUCUGACCCAGAAAACCCCUUUAUACUUUCGCCAUCAACGCUCCUUACGCAGAAGGCAGGAGCACCUCCUCCACCAGGAGACUUUUCAGACAGGGAUCUGUACACAAAGCAAUGGAGACAAGUCCAGGCUCUGGCAAAUCAGUUCUGGUCCCGCUGGAGACAGAAAUAUCUACACUCGUUGCAACAGAGACGAAAGUGGGCAGAACCCCGCAGGAAUCUUCAAGUUGGAGACUUAGUCCUGCUCAGGGACAAGCAAGCCACCCGCAACAGCUGGCCAACGGCCAGAAUCACUGCUACAUUCCCUAUCGAGGAUGGACAUGUCAGGAAGAUCGAAUUGAAGACUACCGACCAAGGCGAUGUGAAAAUUUACCAAAGGCCAGUUACAGAAGUUAUUCUACUUCUACCCAAUGACUGAUUAAGAGACUAAGUUUUGUACUCUGCUCAUUGUGACCUUACGAAGGUCAAGCGGGGAGUGUGCUGUCUUUACGACAGUUAUUUAGUUUAUAAUAUUUUCGCUUAGUAAUUCAUUCAAUAGUAUUUUCUAGUUAGAAUUAGAAGUGUUUAAAGUAUAUUCAUUGCAUGUAAAAUAUAUCGGCAUGCGAUGACGUCACAUCCGGUUUCGCCGCGUCUUGUGGGAAAACACCGGUUUGAAAUUAGCGCGAGGGUGGGGGCUUUCCACGAGGCUCACCUGAGCACAAGCAGUUUUGCAGGCAUGAGAAAUCACAGUGAGAGCAACGCUGCAGUCCCCGGGCUACGAACGAGUUCCAUUCCAGAGUCCGUCUUUAAGUUGGAUUUGUACGUAAACGUUACAGGAGCAUCAAAACUAAAUCCACAAGGCUACUAAACAGCUUCCUCCCACAGGCAGUCAGACUGCUAAAUAGCUGCUCUACCUGACUCUGCUUUGGACACUUUUAACUUGCACUGGACACUUAUAACUUGUUUUUAACUGACAUGUGGCUGUUGUGUUUUACUAUUUAUUGUUACGUUUAUUAUUUAGUGUUGUGUUUAUUAUGUUACGAUUGCACUGCUCCUGGGAAACACUGUCUCAUUCUGCCCUGCAGAGCUGAUGUAUGGUUAGAAUGACAAUAAAGUUUUUGAAUCUUGAAUCUUGAAUA